AUGGAAGAAAUUCACGAGGAAGUUCACGACCGCAUGAAUAAAAUCCAAACUCAACAGGAUAAAUUAGCCAAAAGAACCGAAGAAACUCAUAAUUUAGCCCAAGAAACCGUUAAAAAAGUCGAUAAACUUACUGAGGAAGUAUCUAAUAUAAGUAAAAAGACUUGGGAAUUAGAGCAGCAAAUUGAGAAAAAUAAGCAAGACAUUCAGCAAAAAUCAGAAGAACAAGAAGAGCAAAAGGAAAAUAAUAACUCUCUUUUAGAAAGAUUUACAGAAUUAGAAAAAGAAACUUUGACAAGAUUACAAUCCAUUCAACAAGAAGUUAAUCAGAAAUUAGAAGAAAAUAAAAAGGAAUUACAGCAAGCCAAAGAAGAAGAAAAGCAAGUCCAAAAACAAUUAGAAAAGGCUGAAUCUGAAUUAGAAACUUUGGAAAGGCAGCAAGAAUUUGAGGAAGAAUUAGAGGAAAAAGAAGCCGAAAUUGCUCAAAUCGAACAGCAAGAAUUAGAAAAAAAAUGA